UACUCCAGUUUUCUUACUGAUCGUUUCAUCUCUCUGUUGAAGUGAUAGAAGAGAGUGUGUGCGAGAAGUGUUUCGUUUUGUUGCAAAUUGCGAAUUAAGUUCUCUAUUGGCUUACUUAAAUCGAUCAAGUAGAGAUAGCAUGUGGAAUACAAUGGAUGAUGCUGACACUGGUAGAAGUCGCUUUGAUCAGCAGUCCGGAGGCGGCUUUUUGAAUGCAUCGGCAAUGAAUUCUCCCAGUACUUCAGACAAGAAAAAAAUUCAAAGUAUUACCAAUAUUGUUCCUUGCACGAUUCAACAGAUACAUUUAAUGUCAGAAUCAGAUGAUUGCCUAAAAAUUGGAUCCUUAAAUGCAAAAAUUAUCACAAUUGUUGGACAAGUGAAGAGUAUUGAUGUUCAAACUACCAAAAUAACUUAUAUUGUGAGUGACCACACUGGCCCUAGUAUUGAAGUUCAGAUGUGGCUGGGGGAAACAGAUGAGCAAAAGAAGAAGGAAGAGAAGGCAGGGAAGGAGGAGAAAAUUGAGGUGAAUACUUACGUGCGUGUGACUGGUUCAGUGCGAUCGAUGAAAGGCAAGCGACAUGUCAUCGCCUUCAAGAUACAACCUCUCCAGGAUCUCAAUGAGCUCACGAUGCACAUAGCGGAAGUGAUUCACACUUCGAUGUCCGUAGCUGCCAGAGAUAAACAGAGCACUGACUCCAGAUCUUCAACGGCAUCUGGCCUCGCAGUGUCAACCGUGAGUGCACUGGAUACUGACAGUUCCAAAAAUCUCACGAAAUCUCAGCAGCUGGUGAAGCAGGCUAUUAUCAACUGCAAGGAUGAGAGGGGAAUUCAUGUAAGGGAGUUGGUUAGCAAUUUAAAAUCCCUCAGUCGUCAAUCCAUUCAAGAAGCCUUGGACUUCCUGAGCAACGAAGGGCACGUCUAUUCCACCAUUGACGAAGACCAUUAUAAAUCCACUGAUUGCGUUUGAAGAAUCGCCUCCGGGAUCAUCAUUGUAUUAUUGGCCACUUUACGUUCAUGAAUAAAACAAUUUGUACUUGA